AUGGGCAACCUAGGGGACUUAUCACCACAGGGCAGUGUUGCGGUCGGUGUAAUAGUUGGGCUCGUGUCCACAAGUCUGCAGGCUAUCGGACUGACCCUGCAGCGGAAGUCUCAUCUACUAGAAGACGAAAAGCCUCUUUACGAUGGACGUCGGCCCCCGUAUAAACGCCGAAGAUGGCAGCUGGGCAUGGGGAUGUUUGUGAUAUCUAACAUUGUCGGAAGCACCAUCCAAAUCACCACGCUGCCCUUACCCGUGCUCUCCACGUUACAGGCGUCCGGACUAGUGUUUAAUACAAUCUUUGCGACCCUCAUCCUCGGCGAACCCUUCACGCGUUACUCCUUCGCCGGUACGGUCCUCGUUUGCAUUGGCGCCAUAUUAAUUGCGACUUUCGGUGCCAUCGGAGAGCCCGCGCAUAGCUUAAAUCAACUUUUAGAACUCCUUCAGCGACGUCCAUUUCUCAUCUGGAUGGGAGGAACACUGAUCGUGGUAUUUGCGAUAUUGGUUGGUUCGAAGCUGUUGAAAUAUUGCAUGCCAGGUUCACGGGUGAAGCCCACCGCAUCAGGCCAUUUUGCGCCCCAUCUACAACGACUCCAGGGCCGAGUCAAGCUCUUCCGGGGCAUGUGCUAUGGAUCAAUCAGUGGAAUCUUAUCAGCCCACUCGCUUCUGCUGGCCAAAUCAGCGGUGGAGCUGCUGGUGCGGACCGUGGUGGAUCGUGUGAACCAGUUCAAUCGCUGGCAAUCUUGGGUGAUCCUGCUGGGCAUGAUCUUCUUGGCACUGACGCAACUAUUCUAUUUGCAUCGCGGAUUGAAACUCUGCAGUACCAGCGUCCUGUAUCCAUUUGUCUUUUGCAUCUACAACAUCAUCGCUAUUAUGGAUGGUUUGAUCUACUUCAGACAGGUCUCUGAACUGGCGGGGUUUCACGCUGGCCUCAUUGCCUUUGGAACGAUCAUUUUACUGGGCGGCGUUCUGUGUCUGUCAUGGCGUCUUGAGGACGUUGACAGCCAUGCCGCUGUGACUGUGGUCGGUCCGACUCAGACUGGGCUGGGACCAGGAAUGGCUGUUGUUGAGGAACAUCCGCCCACAUCGCCCAGACUGCUGGAUGGUCUGAAUGAUGAAGAAUCUCAGCUUGGGGAGCGAGAACCGCUCCUUCACGCCGCUGCUCGGCCUCACCAUCUUCCUUCAUACCACCGGGCGCGAGCCCCCAGUCUCCCCUUCAUCCCACCCCUCCACCAUCACGAAGUUGCGGAUUUGAACGCCGCCUCUAUCUGGGCCGAGCUUGACGACUCUGAAUACGAUUUUAGUAGCUCUAGACUCCGGUCCUCCCUGGAACGACCGCGCAGCUCAAGCAGCAGCGCGGCGCUGAAUGGCUCUACACGCGAGCUUGGGCGCCACUCGACCAUCGGUCCAAUUUCCUACGACCGCAUAAGAGGCUCCCGACGAUCCUCUCCUCCAAUACAAGGUAACCUUUGGCGUCGUUCUUCGGCGCCCAUGGCAGGGCCUGUAGGUUCCCAACGGUGGUGGCGCAGCACUCAUGGAUUUAAUGGGUACGGUGCCAUCCAAGAAGACGAAAGCGACCACCAAGGACCCGAUGAGCCAUCGAGUCCUCUGCAGCACUCGAGGCUUGAUCUUGUCGCCGGUUCGAGAAGAACUCUGUUAGGGGCUUGGCGACGUGGACGCCAAUAUUUGUCCCGGUGGACGGGCCCGCAGGCGGGUGCUCAGGAUGGCCGUCACACCAACUCAUCGGAAAGGUCGUCUUCUCCAUUACUACCGCGUUCCGGAACUGCUAUUCCCCGGGCUCGAGGCCCUCACGAUCCGCCCUCUGAGUCAGGACUGACACCAUCGUCAUCGCUUUGA